AUGAUGCGAGUGGCCAAACCCAAAAACGCUCGUUCCAAACGAGCGCUCGAAAAACGCCAAGCUCGCGAGUAUGAAGCAGCCAAGACGGCGGUCUUUGUCAAAGGCGCUCACUCUUCGGCUCGACUGAACAUUGCACUGACAGAAUUGAACCUGCUCAAGAAACCCGAUUCGAUCAGCUUCAACAAGAAGAACGAGGCUUUGCCAUUCGAAGACACGUCGUCGUUCGAAUUCUGGUCAUCCAAGAACGAUGCGUCGCUGUUCAUGUUUGGCAAUUCGCAGAAGAAGAGACCGGACAAUUUGACUUGGAUCCGCAUGUUUGAUGGUCAGGUUUUGGAUAUGUUGGAGAUGGGCGUGGUGGACGCCAAGAGUAUGACCGAGUUCAAGGGGGUGGCUAGACCAGGGAUUGGGAUGAGGCCGUUGUUUCAUUUCAAUGGACCGCAGUUUGCGACGCCGGCAGAAGCGAGUACGAGCAUGAUUGCCGGAGCUGAGCCGACCGAGCAUGACGAGACGGGCGCAUACCAGCAGUUUAAGAGCAUGCUCUUGGAUUUCUAUCGCGGCGAAGAGUUGAAGACCAACCAGAUCGCUCUAAGUGGACUGCAACAUGUAAUUUCGGUCACUGCUGCACCGACAUCCUCCGCGAACGCAAAGACAUCCGCCUCGAACGAUGCUGCUCAAGGUGACACUCUGGCCGACCUGUACAAGGCAGCAGGUCUUACUCCUAACGGUACGCUCAUCACACCGUCCACCUCCACCACGCUCACUUCGCCCGCCAACACACUCAUCCUCUUCCGUGUCUACACCGUCCAACUCCUCGCUAGCGGCUCCAAGAUUCCGCGCGUCGAACUGCAAGAAUGCGGCCCCUCGUUUGACUUUCAACUGCGACGACGAAGACCCGCCAGCAUCGAUAUGCUCACCCAAGCCCUACGCAGACCCAAGACGCAAGCUGAGAAGAACCGACAGGGCAAGGAGGGCGCCAAGAAGAACAUCGAAACCGACGACAUGGGCGAUACUGUCGGCAGGAUCCAUGUGGGCAAACAGGAUCUGAGCGCUCUGCAGACCAGGAAGAUGAAGGGCCUCAAAAAGCACCUCGAUCCCACCGCGAGCAGUGCAGAUGAUGACGACGACGACGACGACAUGCAGUCGUUCGACGAUGAGGACGAAGACGACCUGCAGAUGGACGACAUGACCACGUACACCGAUGACGACGACGCAUCGGUCCAACACCAAGACGAGCAACAGGCGCCGUCUAAAAGAAGAAGAUCCUGA